AUGAUAUAUUUUCUUGAUUUAUUGUUGUUAUGUUUAGUUGUGGGGUUAGUUGGGGUAGCUUCUAAUCCUGCACCUUAUUUUGCGGCGUUAGGGUUGGCUAUGGCGGCUGGUGUUGGUUGUGGGGUUUUGGUGGGGCAUGGGGGGUCAUUAGUUGGUUUAAUGUUAUUUUUGAUUUAUUUGGGGGGGAUGUUGGUGGUGUUUGCGUAUUCAGCAGCGUUAGCUGCUGAGCCGUUUCCCGAAACGUGGGGAGGGGGGUCUGUUAAGGUUUAUGUUUUGGUUUAUUUAUUUGGGGUGGGGGUUGCCAUGUGUUGGUUUUGAGGGGGAUAUGGCGGUUAUUGGGUGGUUAUGGAUGAAUUUAAGGAGUUUUUUGUGGUUCGUGGAGAUGUUAGUGGGGCUUCUUUGAUGUAUUCUGCUGGUGGUGGGUUAUUAAUUGUAUGUGCGUGAGUAUUAUUAUUGUGUUUGUUUGUGGUGUUGGAGUUAACUCGAGGUUUAAGUCGUGGAGCUCUUCGUGCUGUUUAA